UUUCCUUCCACUAAACCUCCACAACGGUGCCGUGCAGGUUUAUCAUGAGGGGCUAAAUUACGUCAUUAUGACAGACUUUGGCCUGAGGGUCACGUAUGAUCUGGUCUACCACGUCACUGUCACUGUCCCUGGAAACUACAUUGGCAGAACCUGUGGUCUGUGUGGCAAUUUUAACAAUGACAAAGCAGAUGAGUUCCAGCUGCCGGAUGGAAACGUGACCAAGGACUUUCAGGCCUUUGGAGCAUCGUGGAAAGUGCCCGUGCCUGGAGCGGUCUGUGAAGAUGGCUGCCGUGGCGACCAGUGCCCCAAAUGUGAUGGUUCUAAAAAAGCUGCGAUAGAGGCAAAAUGCGCACUUAUCAACAAUCCCAAAGGUCCAUUUGCUGCCUGCCAUGAUGUAAUUGAUCCCGCAGCCUACUUCAGAAAUUGUGUCUAUGAUGUUUGCAUGGCCAAAGAUGAUGAAAGCAUGCUGUGUCACAGUAUCACUGCAUAUAUGUUGGACUGCCAAAACCUUGGUGCAAAGAUUGAGAACUGGAGAAGUGCUUCUUUCUGCCCUUUUACAUGCAGGGCUGGCAGCCAUUAUGAAACCUGUGCACUGCCUUGUACCUCUGCAUGUCCUGGUCUCCGUGACACCCGCACAUGCACCACGACUUGUGUUGAGGGCUGUGCCUGUGAUAAAGGCUACUACUACAAUGGAACCGGCUGUGUGCCCUCUGACCAGUGCAGCUGCUAUUUCAAUGGCGAAACUUACAUGGUUGGAGAGUCCAUUAUAACUGAUGACUGUCACAGGAUUCACACCUGCCAGGCCUCUGGAGUAGUUCUGUCCAAAAACAUUACAUGUGACCCCAACAAGAGCUGCCUGGUCAAAAACGGCAAGUUGGGGUGCUACAUUCAGCACUGCUUUUUGAACGCCAAUGGGACCCUCACUGAAUUUAAUGGUGAAGGUGGUACCGUAACAACGCCAGGAACCUAUGAGAUUAUCCAGAGCUGCGACGUCUCUCCGACAUCAAUCUGGUUCAGGGUGGUGGUGAAGUUGGAGAUGUGCACCCCUGGUGUCAACACAAUUGUAGCCGUGUAUGUGUUCUUCAAUGAAGUGAUGAUCACAGUCGACCACAAACAUGACAUCUGGAUAAACGGAAGAGCGAUGACUCAAACCACUUUCUCCCAGAACAACGUAAAGGUGGCGGUUUCUGACAAUGCAGUGAGAAUUAACAGCCCUUCCAGCCUUCAGGUGUCCUUUAGUUCAACCAAUGAACUCGCCAUUAGUGUCAGUGACAAAGUAGCUGACGUGGUAUGUGGGGCGUGUGGGACGAUCCGUCCCACUUACACAACACUACAAGAUCUGAGAGAGACACUGCUGGUCGAUCUUCACGGGCCGAGCACUGACUUUGCGUCACUGAACAUUGGGCAGUGGACGGCUCCUGAUUUCCCCCAAUGUGGUCAGUAAAUUUCAGUCCUGCCAGCUUUUUUAUCAACUGCAUUGAUUGACAUCCUUCAGCGCUCACACGACUGACAGCAUCAUUGAUUCAUGAAAUUACUUUUAUUAAUGUAGAGAAUCCCAUAUGCAUGUAAAUCUCAUUACUUGCUACGUUUUAAUUGUCAAAAUUCUGAAAUAUAUGCUUGUCUUGUCAAACACCUGUAAUAAAACAGCUUCUAACUUUGAUAUUUUGCUUUGGAAUAAAUA